GCUGCGAAGGUCCUUUUUUUCUGUUCCUGCGGCUCCCCUUCAAACCAUACAGCCUCAUUGUUUUCUUUCCAUCGCCUCACUGCGGAUGGAAGAGAAGUUUCUCAAAGGACGUCAAGAGCGCGAGGAGCAGCGGCAGCAGCGCUCCCAGGAUGGGGUCGAAAUCACAGCCCAACGGCAGCAGUACGAGGCCGAGGCAGACCAACUCGAAACUGCAGUGACGCAGCUCUUGAAGGAGAACAAUGUGACAGAGUCGCAGAAGCGCAUCGAUGCUCUGCGGACGCUUGUGCAGGACACGUCCAAUACCGUUUCUCUCACUGCGCAUGACAUGGCUAAAGCCAACGCGAUUCUUGCUCGGCUGCAGCAGCUAGUGGACGCGGCGAAGAGCGCCGAAACAGGGCCGAAGAAGUUCAAGUUUUCUUCUCGGCUGAAAGCAAAAACGAGCAGCAGCCCCUCGACGUGCUCACCCACCACCUCAGCGGAAUCACGAAACGCAGCUGCCACGACUGCGCGAGCCGAGAUAACAAAUGUCACCGCUUCUCACGCGGACGGGCGUGGCAGCUCCACCGCCGGCUUUGGCAACUCCUACGGGCCGUCGGCUGGCACGGACCUUUUCAUUGCCUCCUCGAAGGGCGUCUUCAUCAACCGAUGCACGGACUGCUCCAUCUUCUGUCUGCCGAUUGCAGGGUCCGUUUUUCUCUCCGGCUGCGCCAACUGCCGCGUCUACGUGGCGUGCCAUCAGCUGCGUUUGAAGGACUGCCGAGACACGGACAUCUUUGUCUGGUGCGCCUCCACGCCCAUCGUCGAAACGUGUUCGAACACGCGCUUUGGUCCUUAUUGUUGCUGGGAGGGCCUUCUGCGCUCUACCGCAAGUGAUGGCGCGACGUACGCCACACACGCGGAGUGGGUGCGCUGCGUCGGCGAAAUCGCAGACACCGCCCACACGGAGCAAAACUACACGAACGUGGAUGAUUUUCAGUGGGUGAGAAAGACGGCCAGUCCGCAUUGGCGGGUGAUGACGGACAAGGAAGAGUCACGCAGCAACGUUGUUUUUGGGCCGGCGACGCCUCCGAACAAGAUGGUCUGA